UCAAUUAAUAAAAUUAAAAAGCUUAAAAUAUCAAUGGAGGCAUUCUCAAGCGAAUUCGAGUCAAAGAAAGUUCUUGUAGUUGGAGCUGGAGGAAUAGGAUGAGAGCUACUCAAAAAUUUAGCAAUGACAGGGUUUAAGCAAAUCGAAGUUGUUGAUAUGGACACUAUUGAUAUCAGUAAUCUCAAUAGACAAUUUCUGUUCACAAGAGAGGAUGUAGGUAAACACAAAUCUGAAUGUGCUGCCAAAGCUAUCAAGAGAAGAUUCCCAGCUCUCAAUAUCAAACAUUAUGUUGGAAAUAUCAAGGAUGGUCGAUUUGACUCUGACUUCUUCAAGAGUUUUGACUUAAUUUACAAUGCUUUAGAUAACAUUGAUGCCAGGAAGCAUGUAAAUAGAGUUUGUAUUUCACUAAAUCGCCCUCUCAUUGACGGAGGCUCGACCGGAUACAUAGGAACCACUGUGAGUAUCUUAAAAGAUAAGACUCCUUGCUAUGAAUGUAUCCCAAAGCCAACUCCAAAGCAGUUUCCAGUUUGUACUAUCAGAGCCACUCCAGACAAAAUGAUUCACUGAAUUGUAUGGGCAAAGUAUCUCCUCAAUGCUUUAUUUGGAGAUCAAGGAGAAGUCAACUUUCUUGAAGAUAUCAGAGAAGAGCUGAGUGAAGUUGUUAAAAAUGGAGAUUAUAAAGCUCUUGCAACAAAAGUUUUCACUAAAGUCUUCGAUGAAGAGAUCCAUUCUCAACUUGAGCUCAGAAAUAAGAAGCAAGAAUAUGGAAAAUCUGAACUGAAAGAAGAGGAAAUCAAAGUUAUUGAAAUGCUCAGAAAGAAAGAACUGCAGCCCUUGGAUAGCACUGUAUUCAACACUAAUCCUGAAGAAAUAAAAUAUGAAGAUAAAGAGGGAAAUAGGAAAGAUACUGAAAUCUGGGAUAUUAGUCUCUAUGUCCAACUGUUCUAUAAAAGCAUUGAAAGUAUUCUUACUAAAUAUGGAGACAAGGUUGGACAUAUUGAGUUUGACAAAGAUGACGAGAUUCUUCUCGGCUUCAUAAUUGCAUGUAGUAACCUCAGAGCAUACAACUACAACAUAGCAAAAGAGACAGGGUUUAAGAUCAAAGAAAUGGCAGGAAAUAUUAUCCCUGCAAUUUCUAGCACUAAUGGAAUAGUUGCAGGAAUGGAAGUCAUUGAAGGUCUUAAAAUCCUUUCUGGACAAACAAGUAAGCUAAAAGCAGUCACUUUCUCUUCAAAGAAUGCAGACAGAGUGAUUACUUCCUCAGAUAUCACUCAAGAGAUUAACAAGAACUGUCAAAUCUGCUCAAAUGUGAAGCCCUUGUACAAACUCACUGUUGAUGAAGAGACUUUUAAGCUUCAAGAUUUGAUUGAAAAAGUACUCAAGAAAGAUCUCUCAAUAAGCUCUCCUACUCUUGAGUGCGGUGGAAAGAUCUUCUUCGAAACAGGUGAUGAUCUUGAUGAGGAUGAAAUUGAAGAAUACGAGCACAAACUUCCAAAACUACUGAAGGGUGAUCUUAACGUGGGAGAUAAAUAUAACAAGAUCAGAGUAGAUGACUUCCUUCAAGAUUUUACUUGCGAUAUUGAGCUUCAUUAUUCAAAGGUGGUUAAUAAGGAUGAGAACCCACAAGGAUACAUAUUUGAAAUAGUGGUAGAAGGAUCUCAAAAGCAAAAUCCUAGCAAGGAAGAGGCCAAAAUAGUUCCAGAGCAGGAUAAAUCUGAACCCACCUAUACUUGUGUUGAUCAAAAUUCAGAUGAUGUAAUCAUAGCUGAUCCUGCUGAUAUUUGCCAGAAGACUGCAGUGAAAAGAAAAUCAGAUGAACUAGAAGAAAUAGAUCACCAAGCUAAGAGAUCUAAAAUAACGAUCUAACUUGACAGCAAACUGAUAAAUUGAUAAUUAUCAUAAAUGAUGU